AUGGAUGGUGGUUCAUCCGAAAACAUACCAGAUUAUGGAGAAAACAGAGAACUUGGAGCAAUAUUUGCUGCUAGGCAACAUCAUCUUAGAGAUGUAUGUCUAAUGAAAGGACACAUUCCACCCCUCUCAAUGGCUGAAAGUACAUUCAAGGGGGGGACAGUCGUUGAAACUAGACAUAACAUUCUCUACUGUCCAGUAGAGAAGGUUGGUUCAUCAUUCUGGAAGAAGACUUUAACAGCUAUGGGCCGUCUAGGAAGACUAGGCUCCAUGUUCCAAGUGAAGCCAAGUAAAAAUAAUAAACUUGAGCUAUACCAAAAUUUAAGAAAGUCUAGUAAUGGAACCACAUAUCAGAAAGACUGGUUCAUGAAAACUGCUACAUCGCUUAUUGUUGUUCGUGAUCCAUAUACAAAAUUGUUCUCCGCCUACGUAGAUAAACUCUACCAUCCAAACUAUCUCUUUUGGAAGAUCACAGGUGAACAAAUUGCGAAAAAGGCAAAAAAUAAAAAUAGUAUCGUAUGUGGAAAUGACAUCUCAUUUUCUUCCUUUAUAAAAUUUAUAAUUUCUAAAACAGAGGGAGGAGGAAGGAAACUUAACCCUCACUUUACUCCUAUAUACGAGCAUUGUCACCCUUGCAAAGCAAAGUAUGAGUUCAUAAUGAAAUUUGAAAACUUCAAGGAGGACCUUUACUAUAUUAUGGAUAACUGGAGUGCCAGAUUUAACCUUAACAUAUCAUUUCAGGAUUUUGAAAGGCAAGCAGCAAUAAAUAUUACUUCAAAUCAUGUAAAAGUCUGUUUCUCCACAAUCAAAAAAUUUUCAAAAAUCUGCAAUAUUCCUGUACAUAAUUUUUAUUUACGCACAUGGCGAUUUCUCCAAAUAACUGGACUUCUGCCAAAAGAAAUUGAUAUGCCCUUUCCGAAUAAUGGAAGUUCCUCUCGUAUAACAAAAGAAACGUACAUAAACGUUAUCAAAGAUGUAUUAUCACGUGAUAUUGACUGGGCACGAGUGAAGGAACAACGGCACCAAGCUCUCGUGCAAGCGUACCAGAGUAUCGAUAAGACAGACCUGAAGAAACUAAAAAAGAUAGUGAGACUCGAUUGUCAAUACUUUGGCUAUGAUGAAACUCCUCAUUACUUGUUUGAGAAAAGUAGUGAACAAUUUAACUAUUUUGAUGGAAUAAGUAUGUCCUAA